CCAUCUCCUCCACCUUCUCCUCCACCAUCUCCUCCACCUUCUCCUCCACCAUCUCCUCCACCUUCUCCUUCUCCUCCACCUUCUCCUCCACCAUCUCCUCCACCUUCUCCUCCACCAUCUCCUUCUCCACCUCCACCUUCUCCAUCUCCACAUUCUUUACCUUCUUCUUCUCCACCUUCUCCACCACCUUCACCUUCUCCACCUCCAUCUCCACCACCAUCUUCUUCACCUUCAUCUCCAUCUUCACCUCCACCUUCUCCACCUCCAUCA